UGUUAGGCCAAUAAGUACGUCGUAAUUUCGCAAUACCCCCAAUUCACAGUUUCCGCGGCUUCUCCCGCAAAUGUAAUCAGCUCAAUUACUAGCCGAUUCUCACGAUCCCCUGCUGGAUCUCGAGCUAUUGGUGAUGAGGUGAGCUUGGAUUUUGAGGUGCCGAGGUUGCGGAGGUGUGAUUUUGGGGGGAUUUGGAGAGGGGGAAAUUGUUUGAGAUGGGCGAGGGCGAGCGGUUCCAGUUGGGGACCGUUGGCGCGCUGAGCCUCUCGGUGGUGUCGUCGGUGUCGAUCGUUAUCUGCAACAAGGCGCUCAUCAGCUCGUUGGGAUUCACAUUUGCCACUACUCUGACAAGCUGGCAUCUUCUAGUUACAUUCUGUUCUCUUCAUGUGGCCUUGUGGAUGAAACUUUUCGAGCACAAGCCUUUUGAUGCUAGGACUGUUAUGGGCUUUGGGGUGCUUAAUGGAAUCUCUAUUGGGCUAUUGAACUUGAGUCUUGGUUUCAAUUCGGUUGGCUUUUAUCAGAUGACAAAGCUUGCUAUUAUCCCUUGCACUGUCUUGUUGGAGACUCUUUUCUUCCUCAAGAAGUUCAGUAGGAAUAUCCAGCUCUCGCUUACUAUUCUCCUUUUGGGUGUCGGCAUCGCUACUGUGACAGAUCUGCAACUCAAUGCUCUAGGAUCUAUACUGUCUCUACUUGCAAUUAUUACGACUUGCAUAGCUCAAAUUAUGACAAACACUAUUCAGAAGAAGUUCAAGGUGUCUUCGACCCAACUACUGUACCAAUCUUCCCCUUAUCAAGCACUGACCCUAUUUGUCAGCGGCCCGUUUCUUGAUGCUUUCUUAACGAAUCAAAACGUCUUUGCUUUCCAUUAUACACCUGAAGUUCUGUUCUUCAUCACAUUGUCGUGCCUAAUAGCAGUAUCUGUCAACUUCAGCACCUUUCUUGUGAUUGGAAAGACGUCUCCCGUCACUUAUCAAGUCCUGGGCCAUCUUAAAACGUGCCUUGUUCUGGCUUUUGGCUAUGUUUUGCUUCACGAUCCAUUUAGUUGGAGAAAUAUACUUGGAAUUCUAAUUGCGUUGGUUGGGAUGGUCUCUUAUUCAUAUUUUUGCACCAUUGAAGGCCAGCAGAAAUCUAGCGAAGCAUCUGUGCAAGUAUCACAGGUAAAAGAAAGUGAAUCCGACCCCUUGAUCUCCGUCGAGAAUGGAUCUGGUCCUGUUAGCGACGGUGCUGCUCCGAAAGCUCCGAUGUGGAACUCCGACAAAGAUUUGCGUGCAUAAAAUUUUGCUCGGUCCGCAGAUUUUAUACACACAUCUGAAGUUAAUAGGGCUUCAGCUUUUAGGGGGUCGGAGCGCGACCCAGCCUACUUCACCCAGUCAAGUUAAUUAAGUUACCUAUCAAAGAAGAACUUGUAUUGAUUACAUUUUAUUCCUAUGCAAUUUUUGUCUGUGCUUUUACUAGGUAAGUGUAAAGAACACAUUAUUUUUCAGGCGUGGCGCCCUAAUUAAUGAAUUGUUUUUACCAGGUUUGCUUCUUCUGUUA